AUGACUGAAAAGAACAAAACUGUGCAGAUAUCGGGAGCGGACGUUGCCCAGCAUAACUCCAAAGACUCGUGCUGGAUCGCCGUCCGGGGUAAAGUCUACGAUAUAACCGACUUCCUGGACGAACACCCCGGCGGCGCCCGCGUAAUCCUUAAAUGCGCCGGCCGCGAUGCUACAGAGGACUACGACGCCAUCCACCCUCCUGAACUCAUCGAAGAAACUCUCCCAGCCUCAGCAUUCAAAGGAACCGUAGACCCGGCAACCCUUGACCGACCAGCAUCAACAAAAAAGGGCGUGAAAAAUGUGCAAGAAGACGACAAACGUGAUUCCGACAGUCCCCCACCAUUAAGCGCAAUGCUUAACGUCCGCGACUUUGAGAAAGUUGCCGAGCGCCACUUGGCCGAAAACGCAUGGGCUUACUACACCGCUGGUGCGGAUGACGAGUACUCCAAGGCCGAAGCUGAGCUCGCAUAUCGCAAGGUCCUAUUCCGGCCUCGUAUACUGCGAGAUGUCGGCAAGAUUGAUACACGAACACAAAUCCUGGGUCACGACGUUUCGCUGCCGAUAUACAUUUCUGCUGUUGGUAUUGCGAAAUUUGCGCAUCCUCAGGGUGAAUGUACACUAGCGGCGGCGGCGGGCCAUGAAGGGAUUGCGCAGUUGUGUGCGACGAGGUCAAGUAUGUCGAUUGAGUCGAUUAUGAAGGCGCGAACCGGUGGACCUCAGCAGCCUAUUUUCUUUCAGUUAUAUAUGCACAAAGAUGAGAAGAUAUCGGAGGCGACUAUACUUAAGGCUGUUAAAGCGGGUGUCAAGGGGAUCUGGUUGACAGUAGAUUCGCCGGUGACAGGGAAGAGAGAGAGGGACGAGAGAUUGAAAGCUAAUGUUGAUGUCGGCGAACAAAACAACAGUAUUGGGGGCAAAGGCCAACCCGUACAAGGAGUCGCCAAAACUUUGGCCAGCACAGUCGCACCCUAUCUCGACUGGAACACAAUAUCCUACAUCCGCAAACUCACCGACCUACCUCUCGUCAUCAAAGGUAUUCAAUCUGUCGAAGACGCUGUUCUAGCCCACAAACACAAAGUCGACGGCAUCGUAAUCUCAAACCACGGUGGCCGCUCGCAAGAUACCGCGCAGGCGCCUCUUCUCACUCUUUUGGAAAUCAAUAAAUAUGCUCCUCACCUCAUCAAAGAUAAGAAGAUGCAAAUUUUCAUUGAUGGAGGUGUCCGACGAGGUACGGAUGUUGUCAAGGCCCUUGCUUUGGGGGCUACAGCCGUUGGUAUGGGCCGACCGUUCCUGUACAGCAUGGCUUCCGGAUACGGAGAAGCUGGCACUCGACGAAUGAUUGAAAUCAUGCGUGAGGAGAUUGAGCAGAAUAUGGCUCUUGUCGGUGCGACCAAGAUAUCAGAAUUGAGGAGGGAGUUGCUUAAUACGUCGCGCCUGGAGAGGGACUUGAGCACGUUUAUCGCCAAGUUGUAA